AUGUCUGGUGAAAAACCAACUAGUGAUCGUCCUAAUCGAUGGCAUCGUCGCCACCAAUUUUGGAAUGCAAUGAAACGCCAUGCUUAUUGGACAAAUCGAUUUAAUCCAUAUUAUAAUUAUGGUUAUGCUGCUGCUGCUUCACCAACAUACAACUAUGGUGGCGGUUAUGGUAUGGUGAAAUCUGGUUAUAUUUAUUAUAAGAAACCGUUUGGUCAUAAACGUUUACCAUGGAAUUCAGUGUUAACACUUCUAUUGAAGAAAAAUGGUCGCAGUGUUGCACGUUAUAAAGUGAUGAUAUCAUCGUUACCGUAUCGAUUUUCGAUGCGUAUUCCGGCUAUGCGCAAAUAUAAUCAUGGUAAUCGUAGACGUCCACACGGUUAUCAAAUUAUGGCUAUAAUAACAAAUAAUCAAGUUGAUUUGCAUUUAAAAAGUCGAAAUGUAACAAACGUUAAACGACGAGGAACAAUGAAACUUAUUGUUGAAUAG